AUGCUCGCACUAAUACUGUAUGUAAGAAAAGAGGCUUUAUAUAAGAUCGAAAAUAUACCGGCAUUCUUCAAGCAAGUUGAGGUAAAGUCAGAUCUAAAUUUAUGUUCGCACUAUCCUACUUGUGCAAUGUGUAGCGAUCCAGAAGAAUUACUUAUUUCAAAAUCAGAAUACGCAAAAUGGAUUAAAGAGUUUCUAAAAAUAAAAAGGCCUCUAGUAAAAUAUGAUUGUAAAAGACAUAAACCAUUUAUUUGCAGAUUUUGUUUUGGGGAAUGGUUUUAUAGACCAAACUCCUAUGCUCUUUCACAUCAACCAGAAGUCCGGGAAAUUCAACCUGGUCAAUGGCGUGACAAGGGUGAAAAAAUAUAUGGUCCAAAUGCAGAUAUUGUAUACUGGCCAAAGAAUAGGCAUUGGAAAUCGAUCAAAGAUAUUCCAGAUAGUACAGCUCCAUCAAUUCAUGAUCCUAUUACGCGAUAUCGAAAUUCAUAUCUCAAUGGAGGAGGCGGAUCAGCUAAAGAUUUUCGAGACAAGCGUGGCGUGAGAGCCCAAACCUGGCAUAGUUUCUUUAGAUGGAAUGGUGUAGGAGAAUGGACACCUGAGCGCAUGGGAGAGAAGAAAUUCCCACGAGUUGUUAUUUGGGAUGAGGUAAUUUGUUGUGGUGACGAUGCACAACCUCCGCCAUUCUUCGGAGAAAUGCCACAUAAUUGGUUAAAAGAGUGCAUGCGUCGCAAAAAUAAUCGAAUACAAUCAAAGUUAUUUCGAGGAAUUCUCCCGACUAUAGAAAAAUGGGAACGUCUCGAAAAAGAAUGGACUCCCUCAGAUCGCAUAUUAUCAGCACAUCGCCUAUCUCGAAGAAUUGCAUCGCAAAAAUGCCUUGAACUCCAUCGUAUUAAGUAUCCAAAUACACCAGUUCCAUUAAUAUAUAGGCCGAGAGAUGGACGUAAACAAAACUGCCUUAUCCAAAUUCCCGGUUCAUCCGAGAAACAAGAACUA